UGGCACACUUACCACACUUACAGACAAUUUAUUUCUUUCUUUUCUUCGUUCACCACACUUGCUAUAGACUCUUACACAGUCCACUCACCUAUCAUUGACAUCUCACCAACUAUAACUAUUAUUAUACUUAACCUCACACAUCCCCUCAAUAACUCGGCAUCACCACCAUGGUCUCUGCCGAGAAUAAGAACACCUUAUCCGAGAAGGAGUGCCAGAUCCUGUGCAUGGCCUGGCGGUGCCUCAAAACCUCCCCCGAUAUCGACAUACCGAAGCUAGCCAAGAUGGCCGGCUACACCAAUCCCAGGAGUGCUAACAAUACUAUGCUUGCCCUCAAGAAAAAGCUCGCGACCCUCUACCCCGACGAAGCAGCAGCAGCAGCAGCAGCCGAGCCAGGGACUCCCGAAGCCCCACCAUCAUCUCCUCCUCCUCCUCCUCCCCCCAAGCAAGGCCGUGCCCGCAGGGGCAAGCGUCUGGCAGCUGAGAUGGACGGCAGCGACGGCGACGAUGAGAAGAUGAAGAAGAAUGUACGCGGCGCUCGGGCUGGUAGGCGGGGGGGAGUGGCUGCGAAGAUGGUUCCGGGGUGUAAUAGGGCUAGGGCUGGGGCUAGGGGGAGGGGGCGUCGUGUGCUGCGGGGUUGGGAGGGGGAGGAUAAGGAUGAGGAAGAGGUGAAGGGGGAGGAGGAGGGGGGGGAGGGGAUUAAGAAUGAGGAUGAAGAUGAAGAUGGGUAUGAGAUUGAGAUUGAGAUUGGGAAUGGGUUUGGGGGUGAUGAGGCGGUCGUGGAUUAAGUGCCUGAACUGAACUGAAUAUGGGGCUGGCUUGUUGGGAAGGGCGGACGGGAGUUGGUGGCCUUGUAGUGCGCGUGGUUAUAGAUACUAGGCACCUACAUACCCAGGGC